UUCCGAUUUGUCGCGGGAGUGCGUUGAGGAAGUGCUGGAAGUUUUAUCCAGUUUUGGCUAUAUUGACUGCAUCAUCAUGGAACGUGACAUCGAGAACAGCAGCAGUCUACAUCGACACGAUGAGCUCAGGCGAUAUCUUAAUGGACAAAUCCCAAAUAGAGACUUAAAAAUAUUAAAAGAUUCUAUUCAAAGUCUUGGUCUUCUUGAGCCCAAAUUCCUAGAGGAUCACGUCAGCGACUUUUCUGAUAUAUUCCUUAAACUCGUCGGUGAGAAAAUAAUAUCUGUUGGGAAAUAUGGACAGCUCAUCAUGUUGUUUAAAUCCAAUCGUCUUCUUAAAUUAGCUGAAUAUGUACAGCAAAUACAGGAUAAUUUUCCUCCUCCGGCACCCAAUUUCGAUUUGCCAAAGCCUUUUGACGAAACUCGAGGCAAAACCAACAUCUAUCGACAGGAGACCAAGAAGCCAGACCCAGACAUGGGUCCAGGUUCCAGUAUUGAUGUCCGAGGUCACAAAGAGACAGAAUCUGGUGGUGCCUGUGGCACAGAGCACAAAAAUUUAUCCAUCCCAGACGCUGUGGAUCAUGGUGCAGAUGGUAAUAGUGGGUAUUACGGAAAAGGCCGGAGUUCCGACAUGAACGAACAACAAGUGGACCCGAGGGAAGUGCAACACAAGAAAAAUGAGGUGGAAAAUCAGCAGCCAAUCAUCCAGCCUGCCAAGCUUCUUCCACGUCGCCAACCAGAGGAUACAAGUUCCGAAGCAGAGAAUAUGCAGUGUGAUUCAGACCCGCAGCCAGAGGGGAUGACGAGUUCUUAUUUUGAUGAAGCCAGAGCCAACCAGCCUCCAGUCAGCCAGAGAGAUAUAUCAGAGACUACCGAUGGCGUGUCCAAUAUGCAUAUUGAUCCUCCUGAAACUGAUCCCAUACCUGAGCCAAUUGGUGAUCGUACCAGCACUGGCAGCAGACCUGGCAUACCGCCUCUGUCCUCUGGAAGCAUGUAUCCGAACGCUGGAGGAGCUCCACAGAACCCUCAACCUGUUUACCCAGAUCCUCCUCCGGUUUCGGAGCAGCCUCCUUCGGUGGCCCAGCAGACAGCACCCAUCAUCCAAAAUGCAAAUAUAACCGGAUUCGGUAACAUGGGAAAUGUCUUUGUUGGUGGAGAAAUGACUAUCUGCCAAACCUCACAGGCCACAGAUGUAACGAUGGCCCAACAACAAAAAGGCAAAAGACCAACUGGAACCUCUCAGGCUGCUGAGGGGGUACCCGUGAAGAAAGGUUCCAUUGUGAUGCCAACAGUUACCACAGUAACUAGAAAUAAGUCCAGACCUCCCAAAGGUGUUGCUAAGGGUGAACCUUCUACAAUCCGGCAGACAAGCAACAUCAGUGGCAUGGGAAACUUCGGAAAUGUCUUCUGUGCAGGAGAUAUGAAUGUGACCAAAACAAUUCAAGCUGUCCCAAAAAAAUAAUCGAAGAUCGAGGUAGAGGUCUACUUUGGCCAAGCCUUGAGCCUGAACAUUCAUAGAAAUACAUUAGAACUUCAUCUGGGGACACUUUAUAAUGCACCGAUAACACUGUCCUUAGUGGAGAAUGUGUAUGCAUCAAAUGCUUUUGUACUACACCAAGGGCCAAAUUCAUGAAGGGCGUUUAGCUUAAAACAGCGUUUAACUACUGAAUAGACAGAUUCAGGUCCAUCAUGUAAAUCUUCACAGAAUAUGAAUAGGCCCUGAAACUAAUUAGAGAGAAGUUACACACGUCUAACCAUUAAACGCCCUUUAUGAAUUUGGGCCCAAAUGUUUUUUGAACGGUGCAUGAAAUAAGUACUGUAUAAGUCUCUGUAAGGUCAGAGACAAUUUGUAAAAAAGCAUAUAAUUGCCUAUUUCUUGAGCAGUUUGGCGUUUUCUGCUCUCGUGAUGUGAUUUUGCCGAUGACUCCACAUUUCUUUGGGGUAUUAAAGCAAUACAAUUGUUGCCUUUUUGGCUCACCGUAGGAGUCUAUACGAUAGCCCUGCGUCCGUCGUCGUCGUCGUCGUCGUCCGUCGUCGUCCGUAUCCUGUGUGGCACGUUUCUUAACCGCUUGUGCUAUGAACUUGAAACUUUGUACACAUGACCCCCUAGGUCAGAGGUACUCUGACACUGAAUUUCGGUCUGGUCUGGUUCAUGACUUAGCCACCAGGCGGCCAAAACUUAAAACAUAAAAAGUGUGAUAUGUGUCUUAUUAAUGAUCCGUUUUCAAUAAGGAAUUUAUGGUAGGUACUUCUAGCAAGGAUACAUCACAUAUCAUAGGGGUUUUUGAUUUGACCUACUUUUCAAGGUCACAGAGGUCAAAUGGUGUAAAUUGGCCGUCAGGCCGUAACGAUGGUACGUUUCUUAAGUGCAAUGACUAUUGAUCCCAAAUUUGGGACACAUUUACCCCUUAGUCAGGUGAUCUCAGGGACCAAAGUUUGGUCCAAUAUGAUUCACAACUUGACCACCAGGGGGCAAAAUCCAAAAACCGUAAAAAUGUGAUUAUUCCUUAACUUCUUGCCCGAUUGCCACCAAUUUGAUAUCAUGGGUACAUCUAACCACCAUACAGUAUAUGUCACACAGGUUUUUAAUUUGACCUUCUUGUCAAGGUCACAGAGGUCAGAUGGCGUAAAUUGGCCUUCAGGCCGUAACUAUGGCACGUUUCUUAACUGCAAUGACUAUUGAUCACAAAUUAAGUACACAUGUACCCCUUGGUCAGGUGAUCUCAGGUACCAACGUUUGGUGCGAUCUGAUUUGCCGUUUGGCCUCCAGGGAGGGGGCCAAAUCCUAAAUUCUUCAAAAUGCCAUUAUUCCUAGUAAUUACUUGCCCGAUUGGCACCAAUUUUAUAUCAUAGGUACAUUUAAUUCUAACAACCAUUCAAUGUGUCACCCGGAUCUUUUUUGAUUUGACCUACUUUUCAAGGUCACAGAGGUCGAAUGUACUGUAAAUUGGCCAUUUUGGGGAAAUUGUAAUUGCUUGGACCUACAUCAAACCUAACACUACAUAACGCAAUACCAUGCUCUUUAUCCAUCUUUCCUCCACAUGAGGUGAGCACAAUGGCCCUGGCUAUUUCAUUAGAAAUGACACCGGUUACCUGUUUAUCUGGUUGUGGUGCAUGUCGUUGGCACAGUCGAAUUGACCGGUAUGAAGGGGUGAAGUAGCCUAAUUUGGCUGCAACUCGCCAAUUGGCGAUCCUGCCCGACUAAUGCAUUAUACAAGGUAUGGUUGAAAUCUAUACCCGAUUGCAAAUCCAGGAUUUGACCUGUGUGAUAGAUAUUCAAACCCCUGGUGCUAUUUCCUUGAGAAAGAGUUGUGCCCUACCUGCUGUGCUCUGAGAAAAGAUUGUGCAUACGAACUUGUUCAUAUCUUGUAUAGGUCAACUAGAAUUGUGGUGAUUUUUUUAUGAUUUAGUGUGUCGCAAUAUGACCAUGUUCGUUUGUGUAUGAGCAAGAUUUUAAUGGGUUAUAAAGUCCAAGAAGUGUGAAACUAU